GUUGCAUCGCUUCCAGUGUGUCAGCCAUAUUUGUCUCCCCUAAACGCGCUAGCUUGAUCGGCCCCUAUUUACUAGUGAAAAUUGUUGCAGUGAUGACUCAGACCAUUCAGACCAAUGGGGUCCAACCCCUCAGUAAGACCUGGGAGCUCAGUCUGUAUGAGCUGCAGAGAACACCACAGGAAGCCAUCACAGAUGGCCUGGAGAUAGCGGUGUCCCCGAGGUCCUUACACAGUGAACUAAUGUGCCCGAUCUGUCUGGACAUGUUGAAGAACACCAUGACAACCAAAGAAUGUCUGCACCGCUUCUGUGCUGAUUGUAUUAUUACAGCUUUGAGAUCUGGUAAUAAAGAGUGUCCUACCUGUCGGAAGAAGCUUGUGUCAAAGAGAUCGCUGCGCCCAGACCCAAACUUUGAUGCUCUGAUCAGUAAAAUUUAUCCAAGCCGCGACGAGUAUGAAGCCCAUCAGGAGAGAGUUUUGGCUCGUAUUAGCAAACACAACAAUCAGCAGGCGCUCUCCCACAGCAUAGAGGAGGGGCUGAAAAUACAGGCUAUGACCAGACUGCAGCGCGGUAAGAGACCCACAGUGGAGAACGGUAGCGGGGCUGAGGACAACGGAGAUUCUUCCCACUGUAGCAACGCCUCUGUCCACAGUAACCAGGAGGCGGGUCCAAGCAUCAAACGCACCAAAAUGAGCGAUGACAGCGGAUUGGACAUGGACAAUGCUGCUGAGAACGGAGGAGCAGACUCUGUGAUCGAUGGGGGGGCCAGUGAAAUAGAGCUGGUGUUUAGGCCUCAUCCCACCUUGAUGGAGAAGGACGAAGGUCACAACAGCGUGGAGUUUGUCCCCCGCUACAUUAAGACGUCCGGGAACGCCACAGUGGAUCACCUGUCCAAAUACCUGGCUGUCCGUCUGGCUCUGGAGGAGCUGAGAAGAAAUGCUGAGGCCAGUCCUGUUAACAUGGAGGCAGCGUCAGAGAAACAGUACACCAUCUACAUACCUACCGCUGGAAACCAGUUCACUGUCCUGAAUGGUUCCUUCUCCCUGGAGCUGGUCAGUGAAAAGUACUGGAAGGUCAAUAAACCCAUGGAGCUGUACUUCGCCCCGACUAAAGAACACAAGUAGACACAGAAGAAUAAGAAAACAUUCAUACAUGAUCAGCUGAUUUCACCUGCACACACCAACCAGAGGAGAGGAGUGUGUCUGACGAGAUCGGAGUCUGUAAAUCUUCACUCUUGUAAAAAGAAAAACUCAUUUUUUAAAUAUUUUGUCUCUUUUUCUGUCUGUUCUCAGUAGAUGGUAGCAGAUCAGUAUAGCAGCAUCAGGUUUCCGAACUUAUCAAAGAAAAAGUCGCUUUUCUGGAUUAUUUCUGUCGUCUGGUCCCAGACAUGGUGGCAGAAGUUGUUUCUCACGCCAACCCAGCGGUUUUUCAACUUUCAGAGCAUCUGUGAAAUGAAAACCAGGACACAAACACCACACACGGAUCUGAUCCGGAUGGAGAUGUUUAGCUCAACCGACCGUUUCUCUAAAAUGUUCUGGUUUUUUCCUGUCACUCGUCAGGAUGGUUGUUUCCUGGUAACCAGGACGAUGAGACUUCUGCUGUCUGAAUUUGGUCAAUCCACAUCAAAACCAUCUGGUUCUAGAUCUGGAUCAGGUUCCUGAUCUGGAUCAGGUUCCAGGACAGUCUAAACCAACGUUUUCAGUGAGUUCUGCUUAAAUCAGAGUAUUUGUAUCACAACCAGGUUUUUCUGCUCAGUUUGAACUCUUGUUCAUUGUCACCAGAUUAUUUUAUUCUUUUUAUUUUUCUUCAAAUGUUUCCCUGAAGUCUUGGAAAGAAAACCUGAGGUGGUCCGUUUACCUGAUAAACAUAGCAGGUGUUUACCUGAUUCUUCCCGUUGUCCUGAUCUUUUAUCGUUAGCAACCGUGUAUGCUGUCUGUGAUUUGUCCUUUUCUAAAUGUCUUUUGUAAUGUGGCGGGGGGGUGGGGGGAUUUUUAUCUGACCGUUAACAGUAUUCACCAUCACCGGAAGUUUUCAGAGAGUUUUUUCUGUUCAGACUCGCCAGUGGCCGAGAUGUUAAAGGUUUGUCUGAGAGUCUGAAUGUUGAUCCAGAACCAGGCUUAUUUUAGGUUUUCUGAAAGAAUUGCAGAGGAACUGAAACAUGUUCGUACCGGUUUUAUUUUCCUGCAGCCACCUUGUUAAAAAAAAUUAAAAAAACAUCAAACAUUUACAGCAAAUUUAGAAAUUUCAGAGACUAGGAGGAUCUGGAUCAGGUUCUGGUCCCCAGGAGGACCGGAUCAUGGGUAGUGUAUUCGAUCUGUGUUGAGGUGUGAUGGACUCUGUGUCUCAGGUCAGAUUUGUGGAGCUUUCAGAGUUUUCAGCUUCCUGAAGAUUAAAAUCGGACAGAAUUUUCUGAAACUCGUUUUUCAGGUAAAAAUAAAAAAAGACAAAGUGAAGUUAAAAAAAGAUGAUUUAAUGUGAGAAAAGAGUUCAGUCUAAGUUUAGACUGGUUUAGUUAGUCCCAGCUACUGGUUUUACUGGGUUCAUAUUUCAGAAAAAGUUUUUAAUAGAAAAAAGUUUCAGGAUUUCUGGCUGCAAAUUUUUGGAUUUCUGCUGAAAUAAAACCUGAACGUUGGACAUCUUUUAGUUUCAGAUCUUUUAUAAACAAAUCACCUGAUUUAAAUAAAACAGUUUCACUGAAAUGUUCCAGUUUUAUUUCAGUUUUUCUUUGUAUUUCGUGGUGGAGACGAACCAGUUUGGUGGAAUACAGACGUCCGGGUCUGACAGCAGUUCUUCCUGGACUGGUGAAAGCACUGGUUUUACUGGGUUCAUUGUGCCAACAUGUUUAGAAAAGGGAAAACAUGCUUCACUCUUGUAGCAGUGUGUUGGUGUGUGUGGAAACUGUAAACUGCUUCUUCUGUUUGGAUAAUAAACCUGAAUCUCUGUUCAA